CCCCGCCCCGCGCGGCCCAGGGCGGCAGGGGGAGGAGCGCGGCGGCGGCGGCGGCGGCGGCCGUGGCGAAAGUGCGGUUGCGGAUGCACUUCCUCCUCCGGCGGCUGCGGAGGAAGCUGAGCAGGGCGGCGGCGGCGGCGGCGGCAGCGGCGGGGCUGGCGGGGCCGGGAGCAGGCCAUGGGUCGCCUGCACUGCACGCAGGACCCAGUGCCCGAGGCCGUGGGCGGCGACAUGCAGCAGCUGAACCAGCUGGACGCGCAGCAGUUCUCAGCCCUAACAGAAGUGCUUUUCCACUUCCUAACUGAGCCAAAAGAGGUGGAAAGGUUUCUGGCUCAGCUCUCUGAAUUUGCCACCACCAAUCAGAUCAGUCUUGGCUCGCUCAGAAGCAUCAUGAAAAGCCUCCUCCUGGUUCCAAAUGGUGCUUUGAAGAAGAGUCUCACAGCCAAGCAGGUCCAGGCGGACUUCAUAACUCUGGGUCUUAGUGAGGAAAAAGCCACUUACUUUGCUGAAAAGUGGAAGCAGAAUGCCCCCACCCUUGCUCAGUGGGCCAUAGGUCAGACUCUCAUGAUUAACCAGCUCAUUGAUAUGGAGUGGAAAUUUGGAGUGACAUCUGGGAGCAGCGAACUGGAGAAAGUGGGAAGUAUAUUUUUACAACUAAAGUUGGUGGUUAAAAAAGGAAAUCAAACCGAAAAUGUGUAUAUAGAAUUAACCUUGCCUCAGUUCUACAGCUUCCUGCAUGAGAUGGAGCGAGUCAGAACCAGCAUGGAGUGUUUCUGCUGAUUUCUGUCCCUGCAUCUCCACUGACCCCAUUCCCUGCCCUCGUCCCUUCCCUGGGUGACUGCUCUGAGAGGCACCUCACUUACAGGUCUGUGGGGCACUCCAUGGGGCCCUGCCGGUUUCUUGGGAGCCCAGUGAAAAGGGUUUCUGAAAAACAAUAGGAUUAAUUACUUAAAGAGCCCAACACAAUUACCCUAUAAACUCUGGGGUAAACUCUCUGUUAUGGCAACCACAACCACCUGUCUGUCUUCCAGAACACAUUUUAGAUACUCUCAAAGGCCACUGCAUCUCAGAUUCAUGGGAGAAAAUAAGUUGUCACCUCCCCUUCAAAGUUCCAGAGUAAACAGUGCCAUCAUUCAAGCUAACAUGCUGAUCACCCUCCUCCCAAAAAGCAAGAGCUUGUUUAUGGCUGAGGAAGAAGCUGAUUGUCUGAACAGCACAUGUGCAGAGCCCUCACGGAUUUCUGUACACUCUGGGUCUGUGCUGGUGGAACACUGCCAAUCAGUUUUUAAUGAGGCACCUGUGUAUAAAUACAUGCUUGGUCUUCUCUGCAAAGAACCAAGGCUAGCCGGGCGCGGUGGCUCAAGCCUGUAAUCCCAGCACUUUGGGAGGCCGA